AUGCCCCCCAAACCGCCCAAAACAAGAUACUUCAAGGGCAAGGCCCCAAACGCUGCCGUAUCAGAAUCAGAGUCGGACGACGAUGACGAAGAGGAGGUCGAUUUUCGACAGCAAAAUAGAAACAAGAACACCCAGCUGGAUCCAAACGCAGUUGCUGGUGGUGCCGGAAAGGUAAUCAGCGAUGUUCGCGAAAUAUAUGCAAAGAAAGGAAAGGGGAUGGAGAUGAACCUAGGAGGGGCGAAGAUAGGAAGAGGAGUCGGGGAUGGAGGUGUCAAAUUGGAAGAGUCAUCAGGAGAAGAAGAAGAGGAGAGCGAUGAAGAAGAUCAGAAUGGGCCGCCCAAGUCUACAACACAAGCCAAAGAAGAAGAGUCCAGCGAGUAUGAGACCGACUCUGAGGAGGAGGAAUCGGAGGAAGAGCCACCAAAACCUGUCUUCAGACCCGUCUUCGUCCCUAAGGACUCGAGAAAUACGACUGCCGAGAAGGCUGCUGCCGAAGCCGAAGAAGCGCGGAAGAGGGAAGAAGAGAUGGAGCAAGAGCGUAAACAAGCGUCAAAAGAACUGGCUGGAGAGACUAUCAGGCGUGAACUCGCUGAGAAGGAAGCCGCCAAAAUCGUUCACGACAUCGAUGACACCGACGGCCUCGACCCCCAGGCCGAAUUCGAAGGCUGGCAAGCGCGAGAACUAGCCCGUCUUCUUCGCGAAGAGAAAAGGCAGGCAGAGAGGGACGCUGAGAAGGAAGAGAUCGAAAGAAGGCGCGCUAUGCCAGAGGCAGAGAGGCUGAAGGAAGAUAUGGAGCAUGCACAGAAGACGAGGGAGAAGGAGAAAGGGGAAAUGGGCUUUUUGCAAAAGUAUUACCACAAGGGUGCUUUCCAUCAGGACGAUGAGCUGCUGAAACGAGACUACGCUGGAGCGACUGAAUCCUCUGUCGAUAUGACCAUGCUCCCAAAAGUCAUGCAAGUUCGGGACUUUGGCAAAGCUUCGAGAACAAAAUACACUCACUUGGCAGAUCAGGACACGAGCCAAGGUGGAUGGGGUGCUGCCACUAGGGGAGGCGGAGGUGGCGCUGGUGCUGGGUGCUUCAACUGUGGGGGUCCGCAUCUUCGGAGAGACUGUCCUAACAACGACCUUAAUGGCCCAAACAUGAUUGGCGGAGUUUCUGUCCCGGGCGCCUUUGCUCCUGUCGGAGGAAGCGGGGCCAAUACUGCAGCUCUUGCCGUGGGGUCCAGAUCAUGGGGAGGUAGCGGAAAUGGGCGUGCCAACGGAGAGGAACGACGAACAGACGAUCAAUCAGCAAGCGGCAGCACUACGAGGGAUAGUCGGGAUAGGAGGCACGGGGCAGAGAGGAUUGACUCUCGGAGUGACAGGGAUGAUUACAAGCGCAGCAGGGAUCGAAGCGGGGACAGGGCACACAGGCAUCGAGAGAGAUCUCGAGACCGGGAGGAUCAUGGCCGCGACCGUGACCGCGAGAGGCGCAGAGACAGCGAAAGAGGAUAUCAUGGGCGGGAAAGAGACAGUCGAAGGGAUAGCCCAGGACGUAAGAGGGAUCGAGAUGACCGGGAGAGGGAUUAUGAUAGACACGACAAGCGUCGGAGAGAAGACUCUGAUAGGAAUAGAGAUAGGGACAGGCGGAGAUACGACUAG